UCUUCCCCCGACCUCACUUCCGGUUGUGUAGCAGCCAUUUUGUCUUUCCGUUGCUCCUUCCUCGCACCCGCCGCCGCCGCGAACCGCGGAACUCCAGUUCCACUUCUGGAUAUUAUAUACUGCUUUUUGAAUUUUUUUUAAAUCCCCGACAACUAAUUUGGGGUUUGCUUUUUUAUUUUCCUUUGGGGAAAUGGCUCUUUCUUUCCCUCCUUGAACACCUGUGACAGCAGGCAUUUCCUCCCCCCCCCCCCCCCCUUUCAUAUAUUCCCUCACUGAGGAAAAACUCGAACGGCCUUGACCUCUCAGUAGGCCUUAGGAGGAGGAAAGAGAGGAAGGCCUGUUAUUAUUGUCAUCCUCGUUAUCAUGUCGAGCGAGGAGAGCUACCUGGCCAUCUUGCGCUACCUGACCAACGAGCGGGAGCCCUACGCGCCGGGCACCGAGGGCAACGCCAAGCGCAAGAUCCGCAAGGCCGCGGCCUGCUACGUGGUGCGCGGAGGGGUCCUCUACUACCAGCGCCGCCAACGGGACCAGCAGCGAUUCGCCGAGCUCGAGGUGGUGCUGCAGGCCGAGCGGAGGGCCAGGCUCAUCCGAGCCGCGCACCUGGAGCCCGGAGGCGCCCACCGCACCCGCCUACAGACCUGGCAGCGCCUCUCCAGGAGGUUCUGGUGGAGAGGUAUUCUAAAGCAAGUUAAAGAUUACAUUAAAGAGUGUAGCAAAUGCCAGGAAAAACUGGAUCGCUCCAGAUCUUUAUCAGAUCCAUCUGAAAUGCUGGAAGAGCUAGGAUUAGAUGUGAUGUCUCAUGAAGACAGUAAUGAAACAGAUGAUGAAAUAAGUAACCCAGCACCGAUUCCAGCAGCAUCCCCAAAACCUGUGAAAAAGAAGCCAAUUGCUAAACACGAGCUUGUAUUUGUUGACAGUAAAGGUCUUGUGAAACAAAGUUCUCCAAAGCAUUGUCAGUCAGUGUUGAACCAGCUGAAUCAGCAGCGUCUUUCCAAUCAAUUUUGUGAUGUUACUUUGCUAAUUGAGGGAGAAGUACACAAAGCACACAAAUCUAUUUUGGCAGCCAACAGUGAAUACUUCAGAGAACUCUUCAUUGAAAAGGGAGCUGUUUCUAGUCACGAAGCUGUGGUGGAUCUUUCAGGAUUCCGUAAGGCCAGUUUUCUACCGUUGCUGGAAUUCGCUUAUACUUCAGAGUUAAUUUUUGAUUUCUGCAACAUGGCCGCCGUAGCUGAACUAGCUCAACAUCUCCUCAUGACAGAAGUCCUGGAAAUCUGUGAAAUUGUGCAUAAACAGAUGGAAGAUAAACAAAUCACAGUGUAUCAGAAAGGAGAUGUUCAAGUAGUAGAGGUAGCGCAGAAUCUUUUAGAAUCAAGUGAACAUGAAGAAACCCCUCUGGACAGAACAGAGCAGCCUUUUUCUAUAGAAGAGGCAGUAGCAACUGUGAAUGGAACAUAUUCAAGCAGUGAAAUGGAAGCAGAAGCCACGGCUGAGGCUGAGGCGCAAACUGCUUCAGAGGCUAUUGUGGAAGAUCCUCCAGAACCACCAGUGCAGUCUCCCAGGACAGAAACAACGGAAAGUGAAACAACUGAAAAUAAAGGAAAUGCUGAUGAAACAAUGGAAUGUACCACAGAUCAGAAUAUACCUAUAGUACAGCCCGAGCCUACAGCAGUGGACCAAGAAGUUAUCAGUACUCCAACAGAAUGUGAUCCUGAUGAAAAUGUAAACAAUGAACAAAUUAAAAAGGAUGAAGCCAACACACAAGCAGCUGAGAUUCCUGAAAUUUCUGAAGAAUCACAGGAAGGACUGAAAAAAAAACGUGGCAGGCCAUGUAAAAUGCAGAGUAUUUCACAAUCGCAGUUGGAGACCUCUAUUUCCAGUCAAGAUGACACUUACAAAAGCAAACUUCGCCAACGUUCUGUUACUGAAGGUGAUUAUAUCCGAUUGCACAAAGGUAUUGAGAAAAAGCUACAGAAUAGAAAGCCAGCCCCUAAAUCAGCCAUCCAGCAGGUUGCCAUGAAGUUAGUUCAAAGAGGCAGGAAGAUGAAGCAGCCCAAGAGAGACACCACAGAGCACAGUGAAAAAGAAGCUCAGCACAAAUGCCAUGAGUGUGGAGUGAUUUUUCAAAGACGUUAUGCUCUAAUAAUGCACACAUUGAAACACGAAAGGACGAAAAAUUAUAAGUGUCCACUAUGCAAAAAAGAGUUCCAGUAUGGGGCCUCACUGCGAGCUCACCUUGUUCGUCACACGCGAAAAAAUGAAGUGACUGUUGCAACUGCCAGUAUAGAAGAAAGUGGAGGAGCUGUGAAGGGCAGAACUAAGCGGGAGUUCAUCUGUGAUAUCUGUGGAAGAAGUUUGCCUAAACUCUACUCUUUGCGAAUCCAUAUGUUAAAACAUACAGGAGUAAAACCACAUGCAUGUAAGAUUUGUGGAAAGUCAUUUACUUAUAAACAUGGUUUAAAAAUGCACCUUGCACUCCAUGAGGCACAGAAGCAGUUUAAAUGUGAAUUGUGUGAUAAAUCCUUUGUCACAAAAAGAAGCCUUCAGGAGCAUAUAAGUAUUCACACAGGAGAGUCAAAAUAUAUUUGCUCACAGUGUGGAAAGCCUUUCUACAGAGCUUCAGGACUUAGUAAACACAUAAAGAAGCACCAGCCGAAACCAAACAUUCGUGGAUAUCAGUGUACCCAAUGUGAGAAAAGUUUCUAUGAACCUCGAGAUCUCAGGCAGCAUAUGAACAAGCAUCUUGGAGUAAAACCUUUCCAGUGUCAAUUCUGCGGGAAGUGCUAUAGUUGGAAGAAAGACUGGUAUUCCCAUGUAAAGUCCCAUUCUGUGACUGAUCCAUACAGGUGCAAUGUUUGUGGCAAAGAAUUCUAUGAGAAGGCUUUGUACAGAAGGCAUGUCAAGAAAGCCACGCACGGGAAGAAAGGGAGAGCAAAGCAAAAUUUGGAGCGUGUUUGCGAGCACUGUGGCAGAAAAUUCACUCAAUUGCGAGAAUACAGAAGACACAUGAAUAAUCAUGAGGGUGUUAAACCCUUUGAGUGCCUGACUUGUGGAGUGGCCUGGGCUGAUGCACGUUCUUUAAAGCGCCAUGUGAGAUCCCAUACAGGAGAGAGGCCCUAUGUGUGUCCCGUAUGCAACGAAGCCUACAUUGACGCUCGCACCUUAAGGAAACAUAUGACCAAAUUCCACCGGGAUUACGUACCUUGUAAAAUAAUGCUGGAAAAGGACACACUGCAGUUUCAUAACCAAGGGACACAAGUUGAACAUGCCAUCAGUAUUUUAACAUCUGAUGCAGCUGAACAAGAGGCAGAGGUUUGUAGUGAGGAUAUUGAGACUGUAGUAAUGACUGAAGAAACACUUGACACUGUUGCAGCUACUGAAGAGUGUACUACAGUUUCUACUCUUUCUGACCAAAGUAUUAUGCAGGUAGUCAAUUAUGUAUUGGCACAACAGGGACAGAAAAUGACUGAAGUUACAGAAGCUAUUCAGACUGUAGAAGUGGAGGUAGAACAUGUCUCCGAUCAGGACUAAAUACAAGCAUUUGUUAAUGCAGAAAAUAACGUAGGUGAAGCAGCAUGUGCAAUUUUCCAAGUAUUAAUGCUCUGACUGGAUGUUUACAGUAAUACAGUAAUUCCAGAACCAUCCCUUGAAUUUCUUGGAAGUUUUAGUACUAACUUCUAUUAAUUGCAAAGUAAAACCGAUGAAGCCGACAGAAUAAGCCAUGUAGACUUACAUGGAAACUACUGCAUCACUUGUAAUCUUGGUUAAAAAAUAAAGUCAUUUGUGUGCUAGUGGUAAGUAUGGUGUACUUCUUGUUUUCCUCUUCAAACAGUUUGCUUUUAUGCAAAUAUUCUGCUCUGUAGAAUGUUUUGGUAAUCCAAAGGAUAGGAAUGUGAUCCACAAAUUAAACUUUUAGCUAGGUGUUGGUAUACAAAGCAUUAUGUUCAUGAAGGUGCUCACAGGUCAGUAUGAUUAUGGCUCAUCUGUCAAACCUACAUAGCUUUUUGGGCACAAAUAUGAAUGAUGUAAAUCUGUUAUUUUCUUAUAUGUCAAGGCUUCUAUAAAACAAUGUCUGUAAUAUUCAAAAUGUAAUCAAGUUCAGAUGUUUGGUAGUUCUGACUAAUCAGUUACAGGCAGUAUUGUAAGGAAGCUGGCUAGUAUCAGUGACUUGUGUACAUUCUUGCACUGUUUUGUUUUUUGUACAUCCUGACAAUUAUUUCAAGGUAGUAUUUCUUGAGACACAAGUAAACAUGUAUGUAUACUUUA